UCCAUAUAACUAGUGGUUAGAAUCUCAUAUACGUGUGCAGCGACUUCCGCUUCCAUCUUCAACGGUCAGAUCAACCUUUACGAAAGAGCCCCUAAACAAAUGUCUUUCUUCUCAGACGUCCUUGUAUGUAAUGACCUUUUAGUCCCUGUCUUAAUGAGAAAUGAAAAGAAAGACGUAGACGAAGACCCCUUUGAUUUUGACGAAAACCCCCCAGCGUCUUUCUCUCUUCGAACAGCUCUCUGACAAGAAUGCUUGUUCAUAGGUAGUUGCAGUCAGAAAAUGGGGAAAACUGUUGCUGUUUGCCAGGUUGGUGGCGAGUUUGUAACAAACAAUGAUGGAUCUAUGUCAUACAUUGGUGGAGAAGCACAUGCAAUACCGGUUGUUCCCAACAUGAAAUUUGAUGAAUUCAAGUCAGAGAUAGCUGAAAUGUGCAAUCGUGAUGCGAGUACCUUAUUCAUAAAGUACUUCCUCCCAAGCAACAGACGAACCCCGAUCACAAUAUCCAAUGAUAAGCAAAUGCAGCGCAUGAUUAAUUUUCACGAGGAUUCAGCGACGAUAGAUGUUUUCGUUUUGGAUGGAGAGACCAUUUCUCAGAACACUGAUAAAACAGAUAACAACAGGGCAAACAGAGCCACAAGUAGAACAAGUAGACCUGUAGGUAGGACCACAAAAAGGGCUGCAGCCAUUAACUCAAUCACGCAAACUCCUACAACCAUUGAGAAUGAUAGGAAAGGAAGGAGAACUACAGUCACUGAUCCAGUGGCUUCAAAUGCUAUCACCGUUGCCCCUGCCAGUCGUAAUAGCAUCGCAAGUAGGACCAGGAGCAGGAUUACAGCAAUUGCCGCUCCAGUCACUGACCCAAUUACUACAAUUGCCACCAUCACUACCGUUGGCAAUGAUAGGCGGCCAGCACAAUACAGUUCACCAGUAAACACUAUCAUUGACGUGGGCCAAGAAUUUAGUAGUGUCAGUGACUUCCGUGAUGCAUUACGUAGGUAUGCCAUUGUAAAAGGGUUUGUAUGCGUAUACAUUAAGAAUGAAAAUGCCCGUGUGACUGCCAAAUGUAGAGCUGAGGGCUGCCCAUGGCGGGUGCAUGCUUCCAGACUUUCAACCAUGCAGAAGUUCAAGAUUAAAACGAUAAACAAUGUGCACACAUGCGGAGGUGGGGUUGGAAAAGAUGGCCAUCCUUAUGCAACAAGGCUCUGGGUUGCGAGUAUUAUAAAAGACAAGCUACGAGAUAAGCCGCAGUAUACGCCGAAGGAAAUCGUGAAUGACAUAUAUCGGGAGUACGGAGUCAAUCUGAAAUAUCAUCAGGCAUGGAGCGGGAAGGAGGUGGCCCAGGAGCAGCUUCAAGACUCCCAGUCAGACGCAUAUAGUCAGUUGCCUUGGUUCUGCAAUAGGAUCAAGGAGACAAAUCCGGGUAGUAUUGUAACUCUGACAACGACAGAUGAGUUGAGGUUUCACCGCCUUUUCAUCUUGUUCCAUGCUUCACGGCAUGGGUUUGAGAACGGUUGCCGCCCCCUCAUUCUUCUCGACGGAACAUCUCUAAGAGAGAAAUGCCGAGGGACGUUGUUAGCUGCAGUAUCAGUUGAUGGGGAUGAUGCUAUCUUUCCCAUUGCCUUCUCUAUAGUAGAUUUUGAAUCCUAUGAUAAUUGGAUUUGGUUUUUGACAGAAUUGAAAUCGGCAGUGUCAACAAAUCGGACCAUAACAUUUGUAUCUGAUAGGCGCAGCGGUUUAGAUGAGGCUGUGCCUCAGGUUUUUGAGGAUAGCUAUCAUGCCUAUUCUCUGCAUCACCUUACUGAGGACUUCAAGCGGGUGUUGAAGGGCCCAUCACAGCCAGUGAAGGAUGCACUGGCUGAUGAGAUUAAACGUGCUGCGUACUCGUGCAGCAUUACUGAUUUCAAUGCUUGCAUUGACAGCAUCCGGAAUUUCUCACACGAUGUUGCAUCGUGGGUCUUGGAAAGCAAGCCUGAUCAUUGGUCGAAUGCAUUCUUUAAGGGCUUGCGAUAUGACCACCUAUCAUCGAACGUUGCAGAGUUGUUCUACGCUUGGAUAUCAGAGGAACGCGAGCUAUCAAUAAUACAGAUGAUUGACAUGAUACGAUGUAAGAUGAUGGAGAUGAUUUAUGCCCGUCGAGAGGCUUCAAGCACAUGGUCUACGAUUCUCACACCUUCAAUGGAGCACAGACUAGAUUUAGAGAUAUACAACUCACACUCGCUCAGUGUGUUGUUUUCAUCAGGGAGCGUGUUCGAAGUCCGUGAUGAUUCAGUCAACAUUGUGGACGUCGAGACAUGGGAUUGUACAUGCCAGAGAUGGAAGAUGUCUGGGUUGCCGUGCAUUCAUGCAGCUGCGGUUUUCGAUCGCACCGGCAGAAAUACUUAUGAUUACUGCUCAAGGUACUUCACAGUCGAUUGUUACCGUUUGGCAUACUCCGAAUCCAUCCACCCAAUACCGGAUAUAGAAAAUCCUGUAAGUGAAGAUUCUAACACUGAACUGAUUGUUCGUCCACCCCGCAGCCAUCGUCCACGCCGUCCGCGCGGCAGGCCAAAAUCAAAGCAGACAGAAUUGCUUGAUCCGAGCAAGAGUUUAAGGCUUCACCAUUGCAGUAGGUGUGGUGGGUCCGGGCACAACAAGAAGAGGUGCAGAGAGGUGGAAUAGGGAAAUCGCUAGUGUUAAUUUUAGUUGUAUUUAGGAGCUAUUUAGUUGGAUGUAAAUACUAAUGCCUAGGGGUGAUUGUAUUGUUGUUUGAGUAUUUAGAUGGUAAAAACCAGAUUGAAGAUCGACCCUUGGAUCUUUUGUCCAAAAUGAACUUUGCACUCUUAAUUGUGAAAUAUGGGACUGACUUUUCAGGA